UGAUUUAAAUUAUUGACUUAUUGUCUUAUGUUGGGUGUGAAUGUGUUUAGAUAUCAUUAUACUAUUAUUAAAUAAAAUUAAUUACAAAUUAAUAUGUAAGUUGAUUGUAACAUAAAAACUGAACUGAAUAAAUUUAUUCUUCCGAGUUUAAUUGUUCUGAAAUUUAUGAUGGCUCUUGAAUUAAAAUGGGGUAUCGCAGGCGUGGGUAUGAUAACCCACGACUUCCUAACAGCUAUGGGUACGCUUCCUAGCGAUCAGCACAGAGCGGUUGCCAUCGCCGGUAAAGACCCCGAUCGUGUCCACAGAUUAGCGUCGCUUCACAAUAUCGCGACAGAGUAUGAAGGUUAUGAAUUACUUGCGCACGACAAUUCUGUUGAUAUUGUAUUCGUCAGCGUACUCAAUCUCCAACACUACGAUAUAACAAAAUUGAUGCUCGAGAAUGGUAAGCACGUUCUAUGCGAGAAACCGAUGGGCAUGACAUACAAACAGACGAAAUCUCUCGUGGAGUUAGCGCGAGAAAAAAAAGUGUUCCUUCUAGAAGGGAUGUGGUCGCGGUUCUUCCCCGCUUACGAUGCUUUGGACAAACAUAUAUCAGCUGGUGGGCUAGGGGACAUAUAUCAUGUAAAUAUACAGUUUGGAGUGGAGAUUAAUGAUAUUGAACGGAACUUAAUGAAAGACUUAGGCGGCGGCGCGGUAUUGGACCUGGGUGUCUAUAUGUUACAAUUCCUACAGUUUGUUUACAAAGAAGCGCCGACAGACAUUAUGUGUACGGGCCACAUAAGUAAAACCGGUGUUGAUGAGUCAGUUUCGUGUGCGCUUAAGUACAAGGAUGGAAGGACCGCGACCAUCUCAGGACAUACCAGAGCCACGCUGACCAACCGAGCCGAAAUAACUGGCACUAAGGGCACGAUUGCGAUGGAGUACUUCUGGUGUCCUACCGUACUCCAUAUAUCUGCAGCCAACAUCACCGAAUGGACCCUGCCCAAAGGCAAGUUCCGGUUCCACUUCCAUAACAGUGCCGGCCUCAGCUACCAGAUACAGGAGUGCUGGGAUUGUAUCAAAGCAGGCUUAUUGGAAAGUCCAAAGAUGACUCUAGACGAAAGCAUAUUGAUAGCAAAAUUGUCGGACACCAUACGAGCGCAACUCGGCGUACUCGAUGAUGCACUUUAAGCCAUUGUAACAAAGAACAAAUUACAAUAAAUGCCAGUAGUAUUAUAGACAUUACAUUAAAGAUAUAUUAUUCCUCUUCAUAGUUGUUACAUCACCUUCAAUGCACAAUUAAUUGUAUUAUUAUAAGGAGUUAUACGCUGCUAAUAUUUAUUCUAAUUAUAAGUGUUAUAAAAAUAUAUAUUUUUGCAACUUGAAAUUCAAACGCCGUCCAAAUAUUUAUGGGGUGCAGCUUAGUCCAACUUGAGGGAUAGGAUAGUUUUUAUUUGGAUUUGGGACCACGGACUAUUAAAAAAAUAAAGACUCCGUGUCAUACAUAACAGUGUAGCACCAAAACAAGCCGAUUAACGUACAUAGCCCCCGCGCACAUACUUACAUUACUACAGGCCGAUUAUGAGAAUUGUCAUCGUCUGUGACAGAUCAGUUUGCGUCUGAAUAAAAUAUUUAAAAAAUGCCGUCGUGAGUUGUGAAAAAGUGUACAAAAAAUACUAUAUAAGUAUUUGUGGCCAUAUAUGAUUAUUUAAGGGAGAAAAAAUUGUGUAACUAGUAUCCCCCGUAACCGCACACACACUAGCAUAACGGUGCUUCACUUGCUAAUAUCACGGCGCGAGGUCCUUUUUUACUCGUCCGUGUUUGGGACCCAUAAUUAUUUUUAUAGGACAUUAUUUUCUACGAGAGAAUUUACUGACGCACGGUUUGACAGUUCUUCUUUGAAAUCUUGAUGUUAUGAAAUGUUAUUGACCAAUUCAUAGAAAACAGUAUUUUAUUUAUUAUGUACCUACAGAACAACGUCUGUCGGGUCAGUUAGUAGUAUAUAAGAAUUCCUUAAUCGUGUUUUAAUCGCUUAAAUGUUAUUUCAAUAGUUAUCUAGUACCGAGAAAUUGGAUGUGUAAUCUAUUAGUGUUCAAAUUAUUCUAUUAUUACCUAUAAUAUACAGUUAUAUUUACCUCAACCAACUGUGAUUCGUAACGUGUUGUGACGCCCUGUACAUUAUAUUUACAAAUAAACGCCAAUUUAUUGAA